AUGGACCCCUCGGGUGCCUUUACCGAUUGUCAUCUGCCAUCUAGUGACAGCUUGACAGUGACAGGUGGCCGCAACAGCAACAACGAAACAGCAGUGCAACAACUUGAGAAACAGGUUCAUGCGAGCAACGAUCAUGGCUGGCGAAAGGUCGUCCUCAACUUCACACCUUCCUGGUUUUCUGUGAUCAUGGGCACAGGUAUCGUUUCGAUCCUACUGCAUAACCUCCCUUACAACGUCAUGUACUUCCAUCGCUUAACCAUCCACCAUUUGCCAGCACGAGAAGUGAUUGUCUCAGUCUUUCUCCCCCUAGGACCGCUUGGUCAAGGCAGUUAUGCAAUUAUGCAACUUGGAAAGGUCGCUAGAGACGUCUUUCCUCUUACAGGAACAUUAGAUCCAUCCGCAGGAACGACUUUCUACAAUCUUGGAAAUGCAAUUGCCUUGAUAAUCUGGGGCUAUGGUCUAAUAUGGCUUUUCUUUGCGCUUGCCAGCAUUACACGCAGCAAGUUCCCUUUCAAUAUGGGCUGGUGGGGAUUUACUUUUCCACUUGGCGUCUACGCACUAUCGACGACAAUGCUGGCCAAAGACCUGCCAAGCUUGUUCUUCAAGAUCCUGGGUACGAUAUUUUCCUUGGUCGUGGUAUUACUGUGGGUCAUUGUGAGCAUUAAAACUGGCAAACGGGCGCUUAAGGGGGAGCUGUUCUUCGCGCCGUGUGUGGAAAAGUACGAAGCGGAAAGAGCUGUGCAAGAAGCAGAAUUACACAAAACUCAGAGUCCUGUAUAG